CAGUGAAGAAGAAGUUCCCUCCUGGGGUGUUUUAGGGAAUUAUUCUUCUGUUUCUUUUCUUACACUUUAUUAUACUAAUAGCUUGUUCAGGUUUGAUUCCUAGCGCGCAGCGCUUCCCUUCCUUCUCUCUUAUACGAUCAAGUCCCCGCGAUCACUUUCUGCUGGGUGUUCCGAAGUGUGCGACGUGGCUGGCGAUGGAUUGAAGUCCCGUGUAUAGAUAGAAGCGGUGAACGAUUUAAAAACCACUAAAUUCGGCACAUUGAAUUAUCCUCCGUUCUCCUGCCCAGCGUGUUUUAUUAAUCUGUUUUAUAUCUAUGGCUUGCCCUUGGUGAACUAUAAGGAUAGAAAAGGAAUUUGCCUGCUGUAGACUUACUGUUUUUAGGAACAGAGGGCAGGGCGUGUAUAGCGAACCAAAUAACAGUUGAAUUCUUUUUUGGAUGCCCCUGAAUGGAAAUGUGUGAAAGCUGAAGGCACAGCAUGAUAGGUAAUUGGCCAAAGGGGCUUCUGCAGUGGGAGAAGUAGUCUCCUCACUCAUUUAGACUUUCUUGGAGAUCUGUCCCCUUUUUUUCCUUGAUAUAUAGGGUAUCAUGUCUCAGGAAAGUCAGCAUGGGAAAUGGACAUUGUCCAGUAGUGAAGAUAGUAUGGAUGAAUUAGCUGAUUCUGAAAAGCCUUCUACCUCUGUGACGCAGAGAGGCCACGAAAGUAAAAAGAGCAGCCACUCUGUCUCAGAGGCAAGGAAAGCUGCUAACAAGAGAAAAAUGUCUCCUCUGAAAUAUGUAGCUGGAAACUUUCCAAAGGAGGAGGAGGCUUCAGAUCAGAAAUUUGCCCGGGAAGACUUUGGCUGGUGUCUUUCCAGUAGUGAAGAUGAGGAUCUUAAAACCUCAAGUAGAAAUAAAGAUGCAAUAACUACAGUCAGAAAAGCAGAGAGUGGGACACUCAUGGAGCUACCAACAGCUUGUAAGAUUCCAUCAAGUCACAAGUCUGAAGAGCCAUCUGAAGUACAGGACACAUGGGAUCUGUUGAAUGGGCAGGACCCUUUCAGAUUCUUCCUCACUAAAGUCAAAGGAAUUAAGUCAAAAUACAAUUCCCGAGCCCUUCAUAUAAAAGAUAUUUUAUCUCCUCUUUUUGGGACUCUUGUAUCUUCUGCUCAGUUUAAUUAUUGUAUAGAUGUGGAAUGGCUGGUCCAACAAUAUCCAAAGGAAUUCAGGGACAAACCUUUAUUAAUAGUCCAUGGAGAGAAGCGAGAAUCCAAGGCUGAGCUACAUGAAGAUGCUCACCCUUAUAAAAAUGUUCGUUUAUGCCAGGCAAAAUUGGAUAUUGCCUUUGGAACCCACCACACGAAAAUGAUGUUGUUGAAUUAUGAAGAAGGCCUUCGAGUCGUGAUACAUACAUCCAAUCUUAUUGAUGAUGAUUGGUACCAGAAAACCCAAGGAAUAUGGCUAAGUCCUUUGUAUCCAAGAUUGCCUCCCGGGAGUCCUGAGUCUGAUGGUGAAUCUCAUACGCAUUUUAAAUCAGAUCUAAUCAGCUAUUUGAUAUCUUAUAAAUCUGCUAGUCUGAUGGAGUGGGUUGAAAUAAUUAAGCAGCAUGAUCUUUCAGAGACCAGGGUAUAUCUUAUUGGGUCAACUCCAGGUCGAUACCAAGGUGAUGCAAAAGAAAAAUGGGGUCAUCUUAAACUGAGAAAGCUUCUGAAAGAACAUGCAACACAAAUACCUGAUCAAGAUUCUUGGUCUAUAAUAGGACAAUUCUCAAGUAUUGGAUCAAUGGGAGUUGAUCAAUCCAAAUGGCUGUGUUCAGAAUUUAGAGAAAGUUUGGGGAGUUUAGGAAAAAAAUUGAAGACUCCUCCAAAUGAAAUUCCUAUCCAUCUGAUUUAUCCAAGUGUCGAAAAUGUGAGACGGAGUUUAGAAGGUUAUCCAGUCUUUUAUUUCUUUUUCAGCUGGAGGUUCUCUGCCAUAUAGUAUACAAACUGCACAAAAGCAGCUUUGGCUACACUCUUAUUUCCACAAAUGGUCAGCUGAAACCUCAGGUCGUAGUCAUGCAAUGCCACAUAUUAAAACUUACAUGAGAGCAUCCCUGGAUUUCCAGAAGAUUG